ACACAAACUCCGACGCCGGAAAGAAACAAUAAAACACCUGUCGCAGGGUGUCCCCAAAAAUGCACAGUAGCAAAGAAGAAAUCAGAGAAAUGGAAGAUGAGAGCAAAGUCGAAGAGAUUGCAUCACAUUUACAAGAUGGCAGAAUAGUUAAACUUAGCAAAUCUUUUCUCAUGAAGAUAAAAAAUUGUUCCGACCUAACGAACAAGGGUGGUGGUUUCGGUAAAAUAUAUAUUUCUCGCAUUCCUAUUCCUGGAUUUAAACACAAACUUGUCCUAAAGGAAAUUGGAGGAGAUAAUGAGAAUUCAAAAUCUCAAUCGCAACUUUUUGGGUCCGUUAAAAAUGAGAAGCUGGCAUCACGCUUGAGACACUUUGCUAUCGUUCCACUGUUGGCAUACCACGAUGAUCUGUCGAUAGGGUGAAAAUGAGUACACUACUUCUACUUAUACUACUACAAGUUCUACUUCUACUUCUAUUUCUAUUUCUACUACUACUUCUACUACUACUACUACUUCUACUACUACUACUACUACUACUACUACUACUACUACUACUACUACUACUACUACUACUACUACUACUACUACUACUACUACUACUACUACUACUACUACUACUACUUAAAUACUUCUACCAUUACACUUAGUGUAACUACUACUAAUAAAACAACACCUUCUUGUGAUAACAAUAAUGAUGAUGAUGAUGAAUAUAAUGAUAAUGGUCUGGUAUAUGACAUUUUCUAUUGUAUAGCGGUAUAGCGGUCCUCUAUCCUGUUUGUUCAAAUCUUGUCCGUGGGUAAUACUGGCUCUGCUCUGAUAGUUACAUAUUUCCCUUAAAUGGAUCUUUUCACGUUUUGGUAAAUUGACAUAAUUGAAAAAAGUUGUUUCAGAUUUGCAAAUUUUCUUUUAAGUUAUGAUAUUUGUAAAAAAGUAGUAAUACUGAAAAUUUACCAUGGUCUCAUAUAACCGUUAAAUGCAUCUUUUGACGAUGUAAAAAAAAAACUGAAAAUUAUAAAGCGUUGCAACGCGAAACGAUUGAAUAAUUUGGAGAGUUCUGUUGCUGUCGUGUUUUUUUUGUGAAACUACGAAGAUUGCUUAUAUAAAGUAUAAAAUAUGCCUCUCUUCCAUACUUAUAUGUUCUCAUAUAUAACCAUACAAUCAAGCGGUUUCGAAUACGGUAUGUAAAAUCAUAGAGUGAUCUUCGAUUUAAAUUAUUAAAACCCUGACUUUGUGUUCAAAAUUUGCCACGGCUUGUUCGUAAGUUGUUUUCGUUAUUGUACAACAUAAAAAUCGUCUCAUAGCAAAGAUCACUCUUGUAUCAGAAUAAGAAUUCGUGUAAGCAAUUCUGGGCUAUCAUGGUCCUCUUGUUAUGAAACUCAUCUAUACCAUUAGUAGACUGUGUUUAUGGCCACACUUAAUCGGUAUAAAACUUUCCGAAUGUUUUGCAACAUUUCUCUAGUUUAACCCAAUUUAAAUUGUUAUCAGUAAUAAUAGAUUGCAUUAAAAACGUAUGUUAUCAAAUAAACGAUAGUAUUGACACAGCUUUGUAAACAAACAUGCUUUUUGCCCUACAUUUAGGCGACCAUGUCAUUGAUAAAUUAAAAUCAUCGACACAUUCGUGUGUCCAAAAAUCGUUAAGAAUGAUGGCAAACACAACGAUUUCGUACGUACUACUGAGAACACAAUCGACCUGUCCCGCAACAUAUUUACAAAUACACAUAGAAAAAUCCAAACUAUCUAAUG